AGGGUUCAGCAGGUGAGCCCUGGGCCCGGAUGGUGGGACGGGGCCCGGGUUCCCACCGCAUCGUCCUUCUCAGCCAGAACCUUCUGGUCCCUGUCCCAGGAUAGAGACCCAGGAGGCCCAAGCCCUUUCUUCCGGCUUGGAGUGGGAGCCUCUCCACUCUUGGCAGCUCCAGACCCUCCGCAUCUCCGUUUACAGUUCACGACCUCAGCUGCAUUUUGCCGCUAACGCCCCGUUUCCCAGGACUGUCAAUGGCAGGAUACCAGCUCUGGUCACCAUGGACCCCACUGGACGAGAGCUUCCAAUGGCUGCGGCACACGACACCUAUACCUUCCUCCAAGCACCCCUUCAGGGCCUCUCCCUGCUUCCCACACACACCAUCUGACCUUGAAGUGCAGCUGUGCUUUCAAGAGGUCACUCUAGUCCUAGACAGCCCAUUCCUGGAAUCUGGAGUGAGUCCCAAGUUACCCUGUCACACAUCAGAGUUGCGAACAAUGAACAAAGGACUGGUCAGGAAGCCCCAGCCCAUCCGCCUCAGUGGAGUAGAUUCUGUCUUUGGCAGGGUUAUCACAGCUCAGCCACCAAAAUGGACCGGGACUUUCAGAGUUUCAGACAAGUCAGCCUUUUGCAAAAUCAUUAGCAGGGAGCACCAGUGGCCCAUUGGACUGAAGGAGCCUCAGAUUCAGAUGACAGUGACUAUGUGUAAACAGAUGCUGCGCUCUAUCCUCUUGCUGUAUGCAACUUACAAAAAGUGCACCUUUGCCUUGCAGCACUCCAAGUAAAGGGUCCUCAUGUGAUCCCCAUUUCUUCACAUAAUGCCCUUUGUGCCUUGGUGACUGUUAAGUAAAAGCAAGUAUAUACUCAUUUUUCUCCACACUUCCCACAUACUUACCAAGCAAAAAGCCCGUGAAAAAUCUGCAGCAGCCUUUGAUAGCAGGAAGACAUUAUGUGGUACUCCUGAACUUUCAUUCCUGGUCCAUCAACUACACCGUGAUUCUCAGCAGCUAAACACUAAAAAUAAAAAUGAUUUUAGGACA